AUGGCUGCUGCUGCUAACAUAUUAAACCCACUUAUUCUCUCAUUCUCAACCCUCUUCCUGGUCUCCAUUCUUCUCAGCUUCCCGGCGACAACAACUUCAGAUAAUCCCUGCGCAUAUCCAUGUUAUCCUCCACCUACCGGCACCGGCAGCACUACUCCGGUGACCACCACAACACCGCCUCCGCCGUCGACUCAAACCGGGUCAUACCCGCCUCCUCCGACCGUCUACAAUAACCCAACUGGAUCGGGAUAUUCCUCUUACAACCCUCCUCCAUCCACUUACAAUGGUGGUGGUGGAUAUGCUGGUGCCAAUCCCCCUCCUGACCCCAUCCUUCCCUAUUUCCCAUUCUACUUCAAAAACGGUGCUCGCGGAAACGGAGACGCUUCAUCAGCAACCCCCCUCAUUACAAGAUCAUCCACCCUCUUCAACACUAUUGCCACCACCAAUAUUCUACUUGUAUUUGUCUUCUUCUUUUUUCUCUAG